CAUUAUGCGUGAGUGUAUCUCUGUACAUGUUGGGCAAGCUGGAGUUCAAAUUGGCAAUGCAUGCUGGGAGCUUUUCUGCUUAGAACAUGGCAUCCACCCAGAUGGAACUUUCCAGGACAAAGCCAACAAAUUUAAUGAUGACGAUUCUUUUACCACAUUCUUCAGCGAAACUCGCACAGGAAAACACGUGCCGCGGGCUGUCAUGGUGGACCUAGAACCCACUGUAGUAGAUGAAGUGCGGGCUGGAGCUUACCGCCAGCUUUUCCACCCAGAGCAGCUGAUCGCUGGCAAGGAAGACGCCGCCAAUAACUAUGCCCGCGGCCACUACACCAUUGGCAAGGAGAGCAUCGACAUGGUACUAGAUCGCAUUCGCAAGCUGACUGACGCCUGUUCUGGGCUACAAGGAUUCCUGAUUUUCCACAGCUUCGGAGGAGGCACAGGUUCUGGCUUUACCUCCCUGCUGAUGGAGCGCCUGUCUGUGGACUAUGGCAAGAAGUCCAAACUGGAGUUUGCCAUCUACCCAGCGCCCCAGGUUUCCACUGCGGUGGUGGAGCCCUACAAUUCUAUCCUGACCACCCACACCACCUUGGAGCAUUCCGACUGCGCCUUCAUGGUGGACAACGAGGCCAUCUACGACAUCUGCCGCCGCAAUCUGGACAUUGAGCGCCCCACGUACACCAACCUGAACCGCCUCAUCAGCCAGAUUGUCUCCUCCAUCACCGCUUCCCUGCGUUUCGAUGGCGCCCUCAACGUGGACUUGACUGAGUUCCAGACCAACCUGGUGCCUUACCCUCGCAUCCACUUCCCCUUGGUGACCUACGCGCCCAUCAUCUCCUCCGAGAGGGCUUAUCACGAGCAGCUCUCCGUGGCCGAAAUCACCAGCUCCUGCUUUGAACCCAACAACCAGAUGGUGAAAUGCGACCCCCGCCAUGGGAAGUACAUGGCCUGCUGCAUGCUCUACCGAGGUGAUGUGGUGCCCAAAGACGUCAACGUAGCCAUUGCUGCAAUCAAGACCAAGAGGACAAUCCAGUUUGUGGACUGGUGCCCAACUGGCUUUAAGGUUGGCAUCAAUUACCAGCCGCCGACCAUCGUUCCUGGGGGUGACCUGGCUCAAGUGCAACGUGCCGUUUGCAUGCUCAGCAACACCACCGCCAUCGCCGAGGCCUGGGCGAGGCUGGAUCACAAGUUUGAUCUGAUGUACGCCAAGCGAGCUUUUGUGCACUGGUAUGUUGGUGAGGGCAUGGAGGAAGGAGAGUUUGCAGAGGCCCGGGAAGAUUUAGCUGCGCUGGAGAAAGAUUACGAGGAAGUUGGAACAGACUCCUUUGAAGAAGAAAAUGAUGGGGAAGAGUAUUAAAAAUUGUGGUCCUGGCAGCUCUUCAUUGCACUGGGGAUACAGCUCACCAAACUCUUUGCUGCACAGCAGCUUCUGAUCAUUUCAUGGGGGUGGAUGGAGGAAUGGACAGUAGAAGGGUUUGGUGGAUUGGACCCUGUGCCUACUCCUGCAGCAUAUGUAAAGAAUAGACCAUCCAUCUGCAAAAAAAACAAUUUCCAGUGACUUCCUUUCUUUAUUAUGCCUUAUAUUGUGAGGGGGGAGGAAGUAUUCUGCACCUUUCUUAAAGCAGCC